UCUAGACAAUAAUACAAAAACCUUACUAAACCCCUCUGAUCCUAUUCUUCCACCAUUCUAUCUCACUCCCAUAUCUUGAUUCUGAGAAGACAAAUAGCUAUGUUUCCUUUACGACAAGUUGAUCCAUGGAAGGAGUUAUGAAGAUGCAGCUGCGUCUUUCGAAAAGCUUGAAGCAUAUAAUGGUGUAAAGAGUGUGUACAAACAUGGAAACUAUGUGGCUGAGACAAGUGAGGAGUCUGCUUAUGGUUCCAAUGUUCAAAUGUUUGGUGGCUAUAUGUUUGGUCAUCUCUUUGUUGGUUUUCGUAGAGAGUGUGUAUAUGAACAUUGUAGUAAUUUACGUCAAGCUGUUUAAACGCAAACCCGAAAAGAUCUACAAAUGGGAGGCAAUGCAGGAGGACAUAGAGGUCGGAGACCAUAACUAUCCCAUGGUUCUUGUCCAAAUCCCAAUGUACAAUGAACGAGAGGUUUUUCAAUUAUCCAUAGGUGCUGCUUGCAGACUCACAUGGCCAUUGGAUAGAGUUAUCAUUCAAGUUUUAGAUGAUUCCACUGAUCCCACCAUCAUGGAAAUGGUGAGCAUGGAGUGUGCAAAGUGGGCAAGCAAAGGCAUAAACAUAAAGUGUGAGAGGAGAGACAAUAGAAAUGGCUAUAAAGCUGGAGCACUUAAACAGGGCAUGAAGCAUAGCUACGUCAAACAAUGCAACUACAUUGCCAUCUUCGAUGCUGAUUUUCAGCCAGAGCCUGAUUACCUCCACCGCACUGUCCCGUUUCUCAUCCACAACCCUGAGCUCGCUCUUGUUCAAGCUCGAUGGAAAUUUGUGAACGCAAACAAGUGCUUGAUGACUAGGAUGCAAGAGAUGUCACUCAAUUACCAUUUUAUGGCAGAGCAAGAAUCUGGAUCCACCAGACAUGCCUUCUUUGGCUUCAAUGGGACAGCGGGUGUAUGGAGAUUGGCAGGGAUGGAAGAAGCCGGAGGCUGGAAAGAUCGAACCACCGUGGAGGAUAUGGACUUGGCCGUUCGUGUUGGUUUACAUGGCUGGAAAUUUGUCUUUGUCAACGACAUUGAGGUGAAAAGUGAGCUUCCAAGUCAGUUCAAGGCUUUUAGAUUCCAGCAGCAUCGAUGGUCAUGCGGUCCAGCUAAUCUCUUCAGGAAAAUGACUAUGGAAAUUAUUCUCAAUAAGAGAGUGAUGAUUUGGAAGAAGCUAUAUGUAAUAUACAGCUUCUUCUUUCUACGGAAGAUCCUAGUCCAUUUCUUCACUUUCUUCUUCUAUUGCAUCGUUCUUCCUACGAGUGUAUUCUUUUACGAAGUCAACAUUCCCACUUGGUCAACUAUUUACGUUCCUUUUAUGAUCACUCUCUUCACUGCUAUUGCCACGCCAAGAUCAUUCUAUCUCGUGGUGUUCUGGGUCUUGUUCGAGAAUGUAAUGGCUAUGCAUCGGACCAAAGGAACUUUCAUCGGUUUGCUUGAAGGAGGAAGAGUUAACGAAUGGGUCGUCACCGAAAAACUAGGAGAUGCUCUUCAGACUAAGUUACUACCUCAAGUGAAAAAACCUCGAAAUGGGAUUCUCCAAAGAUUAAACCUAAAAGAGAUGAUGGUGGGGAUAUACAUACUGUGUUGUGCAUGCUACGACUUUGCCUUCGGGAGUACAUUGUUUUACAUUUAUCUAUUCAUGCAGUCUCUUGCAUUUAUUAUAUGUGGGAUUGGUUUUGUUGGAACUGAUUAAAAUGUCCAAUCUAGGCAUCUUAUUCUCAUCAAGAAAACUAUAAUUAGUAAUAUAACUAACCGUUAUGAACAAUACACUGAAAGUUGCUAAGAGUACAA